GGUCUAUUCUGACGCGGGGGCGGAGUGAGUGAGGGAGGGAGAGAAGGAAGAGAAGAGAAGAGAGAGGCCGAGGCGGGUGAACCCCAUUCUCAGCGCCAUCGGAGUGGAAGCAGGAGAGAGAGAGAGAGAGAGAGACACACACACGGACACGCAUAGACGGACGACGCCUCGACUCAACGAUGGAGGAGCCGGGCCGCUUCUACAUGAUGUCUUCGUUCGGUCAGACGUCGGCGCGGGAGCGAGAUGACUUUGGGCAGAAGAGGAGGAAGAGAAGUCGCUGGAGUAAUGAGACGUCUGAUCAAAAGACUGUGAUCCCUGGAAUGCCAACUGUGAUUCCACCGGGUCUGACCCGUGAACAAGAGCGAGCGUAUAUCGUGCAACUACAGAUAGAAGACCUGACUCGCAAACUGCGUACCGGAGACCUUGGUAUCCCCCCAAACCCUGAGGACAGGUCUCCGUCUCCUGAACCCAUCUAUAACAGCGAGGGCAAGAGGCUGAAUACCCGCGAGUUCCGAACCCGGAAGAAGCUGGAAGAGGAGAGACACAAUCUUAUUCAGGAGAUGAUUGCCCUGAAUCCAGAUUUCAAGCCCCCAGCGGAUUACAAGCCACCAGCCACGCGCGUAAGUGACAAGGUGAUGAUCCCACAGGACGAGUACCCAGAGAUCAACUUUGUUGGACUACUGAUUGGACCCAGGGGCAACACUCUGAAGAACAUUGAGAAGGAGUGCAAUGCCAAGAUCAUGAUCCGAGGAAAAGGUUCAGUGAAGGAAGGGAAGGUGGGGCGGAAAGACGGGCAGAUGCUGCCGGGAGAAGAUGAGCCGCUGCAUGCAUUGGUCACCGCCAACACCAUGGAGAAUGUGAAGAAGGCUGUGGAACAGAUCCGAGGUAUCCUGAAGCAAGGGAUCGAAACUCCCGAGGACCAGAAUGACCUGCGGAAGAUGCAGCUGAGGGAACUGGCUCGCCUCAAUGGCACUCUACGGGAGGAUGACAACAGGAUCCUGCGGCCAUGGCAGAGCACGGAGCCCAGGAGCAUCACCAACACCACACUGUGUACAAAAUGUGGUGGGGCCGGACACAUCGCUUCCGACUGCAAGUUCUCCAGUGGGGCUUCCUUCAACAGGCCAGGUGACCCACAGUCGGCUCAGGACAAGGCACGCAUGGACAAGGAGUACCUGUCGCUGAUGGCUGAGCUGGGAGAAGCGCCGGUUCCAACGUCCUCAUCGUCCAUGGGCCACGGCAGUUCCUCGCAGCCCUCUAUCCAACGCAACACCAUGCUUAGUAACGCCCAGCAGCAGCUUCCAAACAGACCUCCGUGGAUGAACUCCGGGCCUUCGGACAGCGGCCGGCCCUUCCACGGGAUGCACGGCGGUCCGGGUGGUCCGCACCACGGCUUCCCGCCCCCCAUGCCCAGCCUGAGUGGACAUCCCAUCCAGCACAACCCUAACGGGCCCCCGCCGUGGAUGCAGCCGCCACCCCCCCCUCUAGGGCAGGGCCACCCCGUGCACCCAUCAAUGAACAUGAUGCCCCAUCCGAUGGGGAUGAUGCCUCCACCACCCCCACCGCCAGCCAGCCAGCCUCCACCCCCGCCCACUGGCCCCAUCCCCCCCUGGCAGCAGCAGCAGCAGCCUCCGCCACCACCUCCCACCGGCACCAUGGCCUCCAGCGCACCCUUACCCUGGCAACAGAGUGAAUACCAGCAGCACGACGACCACCGCGGCGAGCGUCCCUCCGUGGCAGCAGCAGCAGCAGCAGCCGCCGGCUCAGCCCACGCCGGCCUCCAGCGCGGCCCCUCCACCGAUGCCUGCCACCCCUUCUAUGGUUCCCCUGCCCCCUGGGAUCCAGCCUCCCCUCCCUCCCGGAGCUCCCCCUCCUCCUCCCCCUCCCCCACCCGGCACGGCCGGCAUGAUGUACGCUCCCCCGCCCCCUCCCCCCAUCGACCCCGGCAACUUUGUGAUGAUGGGGGUCGGCGUGCCGGCAAUGCCCCCCUUUGGAAUGCCCCCCGCUCCGCCCCCUCCCCCUCCACAGACCUAAUGGACCCCCACCCAGACUGCCCAUUCCCUCCAAACAUGUACAGAUAAGGACGUUGACUAAAGCAAGCUGGGAUACCGACCGGGCGGGACUGACAAACUUCCCAACACACUCUUGUUUUGGAUUUUUUUUUUUUUUUUCUGAAGAUUUUAGAAUAAAAACAAAAUGUAGGCAGAACUGUAAAUGAUAGUGAGCGGCCUCUGUCUCGGGGGGACAGAGGGGCCGUCGUUGUACCCAGCUAGUGGCAGUACAAGGAGCUGUUGCUUGUUGGUUGUUGAGAGGGAGGGGGGGUGGGGGGCAGGACUGGGUGCGUGCGGACGCAGUAUUAUUGGUGACCGGCGCCACUAAGCCGUUUCCUCUGGUAAAACGUAGCGCCUGUCUGAGCCGCCGCCCGCCCGCGUUUGUCUGUCUGUCUGUGUGAGUGAGUGUGGGCUCGCCAGCCCAUUAUGGAUGUCUGUCGGUAAAGGGAGCAAAUUGCUACCCUGCUCCCUGUUUGCAGAGCGUGUAUGUAUGUGUGCAUUUGUGAGAGAGAGAGUGUGUGUCAGUGCCUGGGCAUUCCUGAAUGUCGCUGGCCAUUAUUAGUGCCAUGGUGUCACUGGGCUCCCUUCUGUGUCAGCUUUGCUGCGACUGAUGGCAGUGUUGGCAUCCACCAGAGCACGGCUCGACUCUGGUAGAACCAACGCCUGCCGCGUACCGUGCAGCCAUCCGUCUGUCCAUCCGCAUUGAUUUAGGGUGGGUGGGUGAGGAAUUGUGGAGG